CCUACUGUUCCGCAUUGUUGUGACCCGUCCGUUAGAUAGCCUUGGACCCGUCCACCCUUGGAGUGUAAUUUAGGGUGUUUGUUUCCCUCAAAUAUUCACUUAUAUAAUAAUUACCAAGUUUCGGAGAUCUUUAGGUGUGGCAGGGUGGCAUCACUGCACCUUUUGGAGAAGAGCACAUUCUGCUCUGACUCUUGGGAUCACCCUGUUCAUUGUUGGUUUGGUCUUUGAUCCUAGACAGUGAGAGUGGGUGAGGAGGAUGCCACAGUCAAAGGAAGCAUACAUCCAGCAAUGUCUCACAAAGUACAAGAAUCCUGUCACCACAAAAGGUGAUGUUAUGAAUGCAUUGCGCCACUACAGAGGACUGCAGGGCAAACUAGACAACUUUGUAUUUAAUGAUGGCACCCACCAAGAGCUAUUGUGUCUUCAUGGAACCAUUCCUGUGCAGUAUAAAGGCAGCACGUACAAUAUCCCGGUGUGCGUCUGGCUGAUGCAGCAGCAUCCGAUAGUGGCGCCACUGUGCUUCGUCAAGCCCACGCAAGACAUGCAGAUCAGGGUGUCACAGCAUGUCGACUACAACGGCAAGGUUUUCCUGCCGUACCUGAGUGAUUGGUCACAGAGCUCGUCCGACCUACUCGGUCUGAUCCAAGUGCUCGUCAUCAUCUUCAGCGAGAAGCCGCCCGUGUUCGCCAAGCCUAGGAACGCCCAUCCACACGCGGCCUACAGCGGACAGUCAGGGUACCAGGGUUCGGAGUCGCCGGCGUACCCGUACCCGACGCAGCCGGCCAUGCCGUACCCGGUACAGCCGCCGGCGCGGCCCGCCUACCCCAUGCCGGGCGGGUACCCGCCGUACCCGGGCGCCGCCAAUACGCCGUACCCGCCGUACCCGACGCCCGCGCAGCCGGUGUUCGACGGGGGCGCCACCAUCGGUGAGGAGCACAUCCGUGCGUCGCUGCUCUCGGCCGUGCAGGACAAGGUGCGACGCCGCGUGCGCGAGCUGGCCUCGCAGGCGCAAGCCGAGCUGGAGGUGCUGAGCGGCACCGAGCGUGACCUCCAGCAAGGCAAGACCAAGCUGGAGGGCGUGCUCCGCCAGCUGGACCAGGAGCAGACGGUGCUGGACGAGCGCCUCGGCAUCCUGCGCGAAAAGAACGCCGAGAUGGACGCGGCGUUGGCGCGCAUGGAGGGUGAGGACCAGAUGGACAUUGACGAGGCCGUCAUCACCACGGCGCCACUCUACAAACAGCUGCUGCAGACGUUCGCCGAGGAGAACGCCACGCAGGACGCCAUCUACCACCUGGGCGAGUCGCUUGGCCACGGCGUCAUCGAGCUGGACGUGUUUCUCAAGCAGGUGCGCAUGCUCUCGCGGCGGCAGUUUAUGCUGCGCGCCACCAUGCAGAAGUGCCGCCAGCGCGCCGGUCUGGCCGGCUGAGGGCGGCGCCGCAGUGGCGGAAGGUCACGCGAGCGGAGGGCGCGCGCUCUUAGAGCGGCUCGGCGGCCGAUGGCUCGGCGGGCGCCAGAUGCCGGCCGGCAGCGACCCGCGUGGACUGGCAGCGUGGACCGGUGCGUGUGAACGCCGGCAGCCGCCUCGCCGGGGCGAGGGGCGCGCCCGGGGCGCCAGGGGGGCGACAUGUUAUCGAUCAUAGCUGGCGAAGUCUGGGGCGAGAUUGGUGCUCGGCGCUGCCGGUGUUCGCCGCGCGGCCGAGCUAGCUCCUGCUAUUACUACUUUAAGACUUAAAGGCUGGAGGUCCGCUGGAUAUUACCCGGCAGGUGGUGGCGGGAUUUACCCGCGCGUGUGUGCGUGCGUGUCGUGAAGUUGCACGGUGAAGUCGUGCAUUGUGAGGAGCUUCGUGUCUGGUGCGAUAAUUGGGAGCCAAAGCCACUGGCGAGGGAGUGCUACCGUCGCCAUGGCGAGGUGUUUGCGAGAGGUUGGGCCUCCUCGUGCUGGCCGCCGACCGCCGGGGCGCAGUGCAGUGCCCGCAUAUGUUCUUGGUGGUUUCGAGUCCGGGCCUGCCUACCGUGUGGAGGAUGCGCACCCUAUCGCUGUUUAAGUCAUGGAAUAUAUGCUCAUGUGAUGCAGAAAAUAUAAUCAGCUCAUUUCUC